GCUGCAAUACUCGGUCGCGUCGCGCUGUUCAAUUUUUUGCUGCACUUCGGAUGGGCCGCGCUCUCUCUCUCUCAGGAAUCCCAACUCCGCAUCGGACGCAGAGACAGACCUCAACCAAAACGUCAUGGCACGCCCAACAAGCCGCAGCAGUAGUAGCUUCUUCGAGGCACUUGCAAAGCAUGAUCACGGUUCCAAUGCCAUUGCUACGCCCACCGAGGCGCAUACCUACGCACAGCUCCUCACGGCUGCAAAACAGGUGCGAGAUGCAUUGAGCAGUCAAGGUGCCAAGAAAGGCGACCGAAUUGCCAUCUUGGCCGGCAAAAAUAUCCACUAUGCCGCUGCUUUCCUCGGCACUUGGCUCGCUGCGUGCAUUGCUGUGCCGUUGUGUACAUCUCACCCGAUUCCGGAGCUGCAGUAUACGGUAGAAAUAACGGAGUCGUCGAUUCUACUCGCGACUGAAGUCUUCCAACAGCAAGGGGCGGAUCUGUGCGAUGCUGCCAAAGGUCUCAAAGUUGUCAGCAUCGAAGAAGCCAUGUCAAAAGCAUCGGAAAGUACAGAUGAUUGCUAUGAACCUGCUUCGGAGGAUGAGGCUCUCAUCAUCAUGACCUCCGGCAGCACAGGCAAGCCGAAGGGAGGUCUGCACACACAUGCAUCCAUGCUGGCACAGAUGAAAUCACUCCAGCAGGCAUGGGGCUACGAGCAUCGCGAUGUGCUCUUGCAUGUCCUGCCACUGCAUCACAUUCACGGCAUUGUCAAUGCCUUUCUCACCGUCUUGUACGCUGGCGGUUGUGUUGAAUUCGCGGAUGAUAAAUACAGUCCUGACAAGGUCUGGUCGCGUCUACGUAUUGGUAAACCCAGUCAGCCUCAGGCAAACAUAUCCCAGCAAGAUCGACAUGUUACGUUGUUCAUGGCAGUGCCAACCAUUUACACAAAAUUACUUGCUGCAGCACCCGAGGGACUCACACCAGAGCAGUUCGAGCAUAUUGAACUGUGCGUUUCUGGAAGUGCAGCAUUGCCGUCCAGUGUGAAACAGCAAUGGCAAGCACUAACGGGUCAUGUCCUCCUUGAACGUUACGGCAUGACGGAGAUCGGUAUGGCCCUCUCCUGUGGACUCGUCAUCAAAAAUCGUCUCGACUCCAGUGUCGGCUGGCCGAUGCCUGGUAUUCAAGCAAAAUUGGUGGAUGGGGAGACUGGUGAGCGUAUUGAUGCCUUUGAUACGGAAGGUGAGAUUUGGAUUGCUGGCGAGCAGCUCUUCAAGGGAUACUACAACCAGCCUGAACAGACCGAAAAGGAAAUCGUCACGGAAGAUGGAGUUCGCUGGUUCAAGACUGGUGAUGUUGCGAUCCGCUCUGAAGAAAAUCGUGGCGCUUACUACAUCCAUGGACGAUCAUCCGUGGAUAUUCUCAAGUCUGGAGGCUACAAGCUCUCUGCACUGCAAGUCGAGCGUGAUAUCCUCGAAUUUCUGGGUGACAAGGUCAAGGAGGUGGCCGUUGUUGGCCUGGACGAUGCAGAGUGGGGACAAAAAGUUGCCGCACUCGUCACUUUGCAAGCAGAUGAGACCUUGACUAUCAAGGAAUUGCGGGAUGCAUUGAAGAAGCACAUUGCACCCUACAAAAUUCCACAGGCGCUCAAGGUUCUACCGGACGGUAUACCGCGCAACGCUAUGGGCAAGGUCAACAAGAAGGAUUUGGUCGCUCGCUAUGACGAGCUUUGAGGUAAUUGGGGUUUGGAUCUUGUGUCUGAACAAUGGUCUAUUGUUUGCCUGUAUGAGGCUGCACCAAGACAAUGCUCGUGGUGAAUCCGUCCCAGGAGACAGAGAAAGCCAAGACACCCGCACGCCAUGGCCACGGCUUCAUCGUACGCGCUCAGCACGGCACCGACAAGUGUUCAUUCAUUGCUCGAAUGAGGACAGGCCUUCCAUCGACACCACUUGACGCAAUGCAAGUCUCUGGGCGAUACUGCUGGCUUUGUACCGAAAGAGGUCCGUUCGUCCGUUCAAUGUGAAUAUGUCCAUCUUUGCUGGGAUUGGAGUUGGUAGAUAUUUCUGACAUAUGUA